UAUUUAGAAACAUUAAAAAGUAUAGAAUUUACAGUAGCAGUUUUAUCACACCGCAUUGAAAACAUUGUUUACAAUCAAGGAAACAAGAAAAUGUCGUACACUACUAACGAGUAAAACUUGUAAAAGAGUCCUCAUAUUACACAAACGUUUUUAGUUCCUUAAAAUCUGGGCACAUCCAACACAGAUGAUAUUGACAGAUUGAGUAUUGACAACGACAUUGACAGCCAGCUAAUUGACAGAAGAAACAAUAAAAAUUAGAAAUAAAUAAAACUCAACAAACUGUGGGAAGAAUGUUGAAAGUGUAAUUUAUUUCUUUUAAAAUUAUACCAUGGAUAAGUACGAUACAUCUCAACUAACUGAAUUCCCACGUUUCGAAUCAGAAUCAAAUCAGAGUGGUGUUACGACAUUUUUUAAUAAACUAUGGAAACUGCCUUUAUUUUCACCCAAUGAAACAUCGGAGGAUGCUGAAAAAGCAUCAAAUGAGAGGAAACAGUCGGAUGGACAGGCUGAUAAUGUUAGCAAACAGAGUUUUGAUGAUACGAAAACGGAAUCUGGUAGUUAUGCAGUCGAGUUUGAAGGCCGAAGUUUGCCUAAUGUUUUACAGAGAAUAAGCAGUUUGAUUGCGUUGGGUUCUGGGGGUGGUACAAGAUACGCGGAUACGGAGCUGGCUCGCUACUGGAUGCCGGACGAUAUUUCGCGCGAAUGCUAUGAGUGUGCGGCGCGCUUCGGAGCCUUACGGCGCCGACAUCACUGUAGAGUCUGCGGGCAGAUAUUCUGUUCACGUUGUUGCAGUCAACGAGUACCAGGUCAGAUAUUCGGCUGCGCGGGCGGGUUACGAGUAUGUACAUACUGUUGUAAUGUGGUGCUCAGUUAUCUACGUGAGAAUGACGCUGCAGGCGACAUCUCCCCUGAUUUACGCACACUGCAAGAGAACUUACAGGUGAAGUUCCCCGACAACAAGGCAGCAGAUAAGGGUGGGGACAACUUCAUGUUCGCGCGACAGCAAGAGGAGCGCCCGGAGCCCCGCGCUGACACGGAGUCCCUGCAUGAUCUGAUACGACAGCUCGCCUUCUCACUGCCGCUGCAACAGCACAGGUUUCGCCUAGUUAGAUACAACAGCGUGUGGCGCGGCUGUGACGUCAUGCAGUGGAUUAUGGACAACACCAGCAAUAAAACAAGGGCGCAGGCGGGGGCGACGUACAGCAAGCUAAUAUACUCAGAAUCGCGUCGUAGGAACUAUAGUGGAGAAGACAAGAGCAAAUCCUCGCCUUCUAGUGAAGAAGAGCAUCCGAUAUUGGAUCAAAGUGAAGGUGUGGAGAGCGUGUCGCUGUGCCGGCACGUGGAGCAGUCGGGGGCGGAGCACCUGGCGCUGCUGCUGCGGCAGUGCCUGGCGCGCGCCGCGCUGCCGCCCGCCUGGCUGCACGUGCUGCUGCCGCUCUGCCACCAGGCCGCAGACAUCAUCACCCCCGAAAAGGGACAAAAGCUGACAACAUCAAAGAAGCCAUUUUAUGGUAACGGUAAUGGUUAUCCAAUGUUGGCUGUUGUUUUGUGCAUUUAA